AUGGGGAACCAGGGCUCAGCCCUGCUGUUGACCCUGCUUGUGGGCGCGGCGGCGCUUGCCGCUGGCGACACCCCUUGCAGAGACAUGUUUGGCAACCCGGCGCCCUGCAUGCCAGGCGCGGAGGACGCGCAGCAGGCGUUUCCGUCAAUGGCAUACGCGCCCGCCGGCUCCCUGGGUGCGCCACCUUUCCCCGGAACACCCGGGCCCCCUGCCGGCUUCGGUGCUGCCGCCGCCGCUGCUGGUCCAGGCCCCAUUUUCCCCGCAGCCCCUGGGAUGUCCGCCUUCUUGGCGGGCCCCUGCGGCGGCAAGUGCCAGCAGGGCGAAUUUUGCGACGCGUCGGCCGCGUGCCGCCCGGACACCUGCCAGGAUCAGCACACCUAUGGCUGCCCCGACGACAGGGAGCCGCUCCAGGCAGUGGCCUGCCCCCCGGGCUUUGCCGAGUGCUACUCAACGUCCGCAUUUGAGUGCUUCAAGGGCCCGGGCGCCAGCCGCGUGUCGUGCCGCGGCCGCGGCGGCGCGAGCUCAGCGUCUUCGUCGUCCUCGGGCGGCGGCGGCGGCGGCGGCGCGACGGACGCGUCGGCUUCGGCGUCAGCCGGCGGCGGCGGGGCGGCGCCCGCGGCGCCGGGGGGCGCCGCGGACGGCCCCAAUGCUGUGCAGACAUCCGUUGGUUCCACCACCAGAGCCGACACCAAGAGCCUGGGCAGCGCUAGUUCGCAGCCAGUCACCACGCCGGCGCUGGCCGCCCUCGUCGGCGGCGCCAACGCAUCCGCCGUGGUCGACAGCGCCAGCCAGGCGCAGGCGCCGCUGCCGGCAAACCUCCCCGCCCAACGCACAACCAGCGCCGCGGGCGCGCGCGGCGCGCCGCUCUUCGGCCUGCUGGGCAGAAGCGCGUGGGCGCGGCCGGCGUGGGCCGCCGCGCUCAUGGCGCUGCCGUCGUUCGGCAGCGCGCUUGGCGCCCGCGCCAGCGCUGGCUUCGGCGGCUUCGACGGCGCCGCCUUUUUUGACGAGUUUGAGGCGAUGUGGGACAAGUGGGAGGACGCGAUGGACCAAUCCAUGGCGUCACCUCAUCCGGGCGCCGACGCGUUCACGCGCCAGCCUUUUGGCUCGGGGGGCUUCGGCGGCGCCAGCGGUGCCACCGCUAGCGGCGGCCGCGCGCCGCGGGGCGGCGCCUCUGCAUCUUCGUAUAGCAGCAGCGGCCGCGGCGCGGGCGAUGUCGACGACUGCGCCGAGCUGCAGCGCAGCCAGUGCGCCGGCGACGGCGGGCGUCUCAAGACUGUGGCGUGCCCCGCCGGCGGCAGCUUCACCACCUGCUACGAGAGCGAGGGGGGCGGCUUCAAAUGCUACCUUGGUGGGGGCUCCAAGUCUGUCGGGUGCGCGGUGUCAGGCAAUGGGGGCGGCCGCGGCCGCGCGCACGCGCGGGCGUCGAGCGCGGCCGGCGGCGAGAGGCAGACGGUCAGCGCGAGCCGCCGGCGGGCGUGA